GCACAGCCAACGUGGAGACUUUGAAGGCUAUGAAGAGGCCUCGUUGUGGUGUCCCGGAUAAAUUUGGAGCGGAAAUUAAAGCCAACGUGAGGCGCAGGCGCUAUGCGAUCCAGGGUUUCAAGUGGCAGCACAUGGAUCUUAGUUUCUGCAUCCAGAACUACACGCCCAAGGUUGGUGAACAGGCCACCUUUGCUGCGAUCCGACGGGCCUUCCACGUCUGGCAAUCGGUGACACCACUGCGUUUCUGCGAGGUGCCUUACUUGUCCAUGCGGGAAGGCCGGGAACCACGGGCAGACAUCAUGAUUUUCUUCGCUGACGGCUUCCAUGGGGAUAGCACCCCAUUCGAUGGCGAAGGCGGCUUCUUGGCCCAUGCCUACUUCCCGGGGCCCCACAUUGGUGGCGACACUCACUUUGACGCGGCUGAGCCUUGGACCUCUCGCAACGAUGACCUCAGCGGAAAUGACAUCUUCCUGGUCGCCGUCCAUGAGUUGGGCCACGCACUGGGGUUAGAGCACUCGAAUGACCCUUCCGCCAUCAUGGCUCCUUUCUAUCAAUGGAUGGACACGGAGAACUUCAAACUGCCAGAAGAUGACUGGCGGGGGAUACAACAGCUCUAUGGAUCUGAAGGUGGCCAUCCCACCAAACCUCCCCUGAUCCCUCGGACUACUCCAAAACCCCGAAACCCUCACGGGCCACCCAAGAACUCGACUUAUGGCCCCAACAUCUGUGACGGACGGUUUGACACCAUUGCGGUACUCCGGGGCGAGAUGUUUGUCUUUAAGGAUAAAUGGUUUUGGCGAGUACAUAACAACUGUGUGAUAGACGGAUAUCCCCUCCCGAUCGGUCAAUUCUGGGUUGGUCUUCCUGCCUCAAUCAACACAGCCUACGAGAGGAAAGAUGGGAAAUUUGUCUUUUUCAAAGGAGACAAACAUUGGGUUUUCAACGAAACCAACUUGGAGCCAGGAUACCCGAAACAUAUCAAGGAGUUAGGAAGGAGGCUCCCCACGGAUCGCAUCGACACUGCUCUUUUCUGGAUGCCAAGUGGGAAAACGUACUUUUUCCGGGGAAAUAAGUAUUAUCGCUUCAAUGAGGAGACCCGAUCCGUCAACGCGGAUUACCCUAAAAACAUUGAUGUUUGGGGGGGAAUUCCCGACUCACCCCAAGGUGCAUUUAUGGGCAGUGACGAAGCCUUCACCUACUUCUACAAGGACGACCGUUACUGGAAGUUUAACAAUGAGAAACUCAAGGUCGAACCGGGGUACCCCAAGUCGGUGCUGCGAGACUGAAUGGGAUGUGCCACCGAUAACCGUCGCGAGGGAGAAGAAGUCAUCAUCAUUGAGGUGGACAAUGCCGAGGAAGGCGGGCUGAACGCCACGAUGGUGGUGAUCCCCGUCCUGCUGCUCCUCACCAUCUGCGCUGUGGGAGUCGCCAUUCUGAUCUUCAAGCGUUACAGCACACCCAAACGGUUGCUGUAUUGCCAGCGGUCUCUGCUGGACAAGGUGUGACCGGCUUUUGGAGAUGUUUCAGGAGGACAGGUCUCACCUGCUUUCCACCCUGUCUACCUGCCUGUCAGAAUUUGGGUCCGGUCUCUUUGUUGCCACCUUUUGAGUCAUCUUUUUCCUGGUCCUCCCUGCUUCUUCGUCCUGU